CUUCCCUCGUCCACUCCUCAAUGACUGUCCAUCAUGUCGCAUUUCAAUCCCGAGGAUAACCGGUUUCCUUCAGGACCUCCGCACCGACCUGUUCCUCGCCGCGAUGACCGGGACGGCCGAAUGUACGACGAUCGCUCGCCUUCCCGAUCGCGCUCGCCUGGCGAUUUGCCCCACUCUCCUCCGCGGGGACCAGCUCCAGAGCGAAGAGGAGACCAUACCAGAGAUCGACCCAACUCUAGACCUCGUUACCGCAGCCGGGACCGCGAUGACUAUCGCCGCCGCUCCUCGCGCUCCCCUCCACCGCGGCGCGGCAGACCGGCGUACAGGGACCGCGAUCGCGAGGGCUACCGCUCCCCCGGAUACGGCAGCCGGAGCCGAAGCUACAGUCGCAGCCGCAGUCGCAGCCCCCGCCGAGGCCGGCAUUCGCAUUACGGGCAAGAGAGUCGGGAGGUGAUGAUGGAUGGGUUACCGGUGGAUAUGGUGGAAGAAGACGUGCGAUAACUCCUUCCCCUUUUUAUGUUUCUGUGUCCGGCGCCCUAAAGCGGUGCCCUCCGGAACACCGCCGCUAUUUGAUGGCAAGAGGCUGAGAUGUCUGGUCGAGGUGUUGAACAGAUUACGAAUGAGUUGAAAGAAUUCUACAAUGUGGAUGGUCUGGAUGACGUCCGUGUCAUUCGUGAUCGACAGACGAAGGUUUCACGUCAGUUGGGCUUUUUGAGAUUCCGAGAUCUCAACCAGUCGCGGGCGUUCGUCGAACGCAAUUUUCCCAACAUCUAUCUCCAUGGGCCCAAUCCACAUAACGACCGCGGCACUAAGGUGCGCAUCGCCUACAGUCGCGAGAGAGAGGACCGUGCCCGGGCCCGCGCGGAGGCUGACUGGACCUGCAUGAUGGUGAGG